AUGGCCGUCACCUACCGCCACGGAAUUUCAAUCCUCCAAUUAAUCAUCUACUUCCCCUCCCUAUUACUCUCCAUCUUCCUCGUCAUCCGCCAUGGCCUCCGCACAAACAGUGGCUUCCUCUUCCUCACGACAUUCGCCCUAGCCCGAAUCGUGGGCGCAUGCUGCGAUCUCGCAACAAUCAACAAUUUCUCCGUGAGCCUCUACAUUGCAGCCGCAAUCUGUAGCUCCAUCGGUCUUUCACCACUGAUGCUCGCCUGCACUGGCCUCCUAUCCCGAGCUAAUGAAUCCAUUGAGAAACUCACCGGUCGCGCGGCACUUCCAAGUCUUUCCUUCCAUUUCUUCCGCAUUCUCACGGUCGUCGCCAUGGUUCUGAGCAUCGUGGGCCUCACGGCUAACAUGAGCGCCGAAGGCCUCCAACACCCCGACAUCAAGGUCAAGAUCGGUAUGAUCCUGUACAUUGUCAGCUGGGGAGUUAUGGUCGCUAUGAUUGCACUCGUUGCUCUGCGAAAGAGCUCCGUCGAGCGCGGCGAGAAGCGUACCAUCCUGGCUCCUGCCCUGUCCAGCCCGUUCAUUUUGGUCCGGGUGCUGUACGCCUUGUUCGUCUGGUUCCUGCACGACUCCAAGUUCAGCCUCCUCAAUGGUAAUGUGACCAUCCAGCUGGUUAUGUCCGUGCUUGAGGAGUUUGCUGUCGUUAUCAUUUGUCUUGGAGUGGGUAUGACUCUGCGUGUGCGAAGCAAGGAGUCUCAACGAGGUGAGGAGGAGGCUUUGGAGCCUCAGCCUUCAUAUAAGCCCUAG